CUCUCGCCUCAGCCCUGUGCCGCUGCUGUGUCUCCUCCUGACUCGCUCGCCAAUGUCCUGUUUUCAAUCGAGACUGAAUAGAUGACCGGCGCUUCAGUCAGAGCUGGCGUUUUCACUCUGGAAGAACGUUGCGCUCGAUUCAUUUAGCGUUUUCUGUAUUUUUUUUUUAUUUUAUUUUCAAAGUCGGAUUUAAAACAAAAUUAAACCGCCUUGAUGAUUAAUACAAUCAGACAGGUACCUUCCAAGGUACUAAACCGGAGAUCCACGAACACUUUGGAAGCGGAGAGGGAGCAGUUUGACAAGGUGCAGUGCAUCAGCAUCAGCAAAGCCAUCAGCUCGAGCGAGGCCCCUGUCAAGGAGAAACAUGCACGCAGAAUUAUUUUGGGGACACACCAUGAGAAAGGCGCCUUCACCUUCUGGUCCUACGCCAUCGGCCUCCCGCUGCCCAGCAGCUCCAUCAUCAGCUGGAAGUUCUGCCACGUCGUGCACAAAAUCCUCCGCGACGGGCACCCCAAUGUCCUCCAGGACUGCCUGAGACACCAGAGUAAUAUUCGGGAAAUGGGGAGCUUGUGGGGUCAUUUACAUGAUAAGUACGGACAGCUGGUGGCGAUAUACUCCUCGCUUCUGAUCAACAAGAUGAAUUUCCAUGCAAAGCGCACUCAGUUCCCAGGAAACCUGGAGCUGCAGGACGAGGAGCUGGAGAAAGCUGCUGGAACGGACAUCAAUUACGUUUUCCAGUUCACAGUGGACUUGUUUGAUUACCUGGGCUGCGAACUGAAGCUUGCUGAGACUGUGUUCAGGCAGCUCAACACCUCCAUCGCUGUGUCUCAGACUUCCUCCGGGCAGUGCAGGCUGUCUCCAAUGAUCCAGGUGAUCCAGGACUGCAGCCACCUGUACCACUACAUCGUCAAGCUGCUCUUCAAACUGCAUGCGUGUUUGCCGGUGGAAACGUUGCAGGGUCACAGAGAGCGGUUCCAUGACCAGUUCCACAGCCUUAAAAACUUCUUCAAUCGAGCGAGAGACAUGCUGUACUUCAAGAGACUGAUCCAGAUCCCAAAGCUGCCUGAUAACCCUCCUAAUUUCCUGCGCGCCUCAGCGUUGGCAGAGCAUGUCAAGCCUGUGGUGGUGAUGUCUGAUGAAGUGCCAGACGAUGAAGAACCAGAGGCUCUGAUAGAGGUCACCUCCGCCCCGCAAACCCAACAGCAGAAUGUUGUGGAUAUGUUUGACCAGGCCUUCGGACCUCCGUCCAACGGUUUUGAUGACCGGGACGUUCAGAUAGACAACCUGAAGCGAGAAGUGGAGAUGCUGAGAGCCGAGCUGGAGAGGAUCAAAUCCGAGGCCCAGCGCUACAUCACUCAGCUCAAGUCUCAGAUCAACAGCCUGGAGGAGGAGCUGGAGGAGCAGCGCACGCAGAAGCAGAAGGCGCUGGUGGAGAACGAGCGGCUGCGCAUGGAGCUGGAGAGCCUGCGGAGGCUGCGGGCCGAGGGGGAGAGCCAGCUGGGACAGGUCCUCGAGGCAGAGAAGAGAGCCCAGGCCACAGAGCAACGCUACAACAAGCUGAAGGACAAGCACAAUGAUCUGGUCAGCAGCCACGCAGAGCUACUCAGAAAGAGUGCGGACACUUCAAAAAUGCUGAGCGCGACCCAGCAGUCUCAGGAGGAGGUGGCCCGAACCAAACAGCAGCUGGCCUUUGAGAUGGAGCAGAUCAGACAGGCGUCCGAGAUGAAGAUUGAAGAACAGAAUGUUCAGCUGGAAAGACUCCGAAGGGAACUGGAGGCCAGCCGGGCUGAACUGUCCCACAUUCAGAGCACGCUGCAGAGCUCUGAGCAGUCUGGGCAGAAGCUGAGCAGCAUGCUGGGGAGUCUGCAGGAGGAGGAGGGGGUGCUGAGGAAGAAGAUGGCACAGCAGGAGGCGGAGCUCUGCUCUCUGAAGAGCGAGGUUCAGCAGAGCCAGUCCUCACUCCAGCAAGAGAGGGAGAGGAGCUCUCGGGAACUGGGGGAGCUGCAGGGGAAACUGAGGGAGAAGUCGAGCCAGGAGGAUCUUCUCCAGCAGAAGCUCCUGGAUGAGCAGUUCAGGCUGCUGCAGGGGACGGUGGCAGAGGCUGAGAACAUCAUCCAGGACGCCGUGGCCCGGCUGGACGACCCCCUGCAUGUCCGCUGCACCAGCUCCCCAGAUUACCUGAUCUGCAGGGCAGAGGCCACGCUGGGUUGUAUCGACUCUGUGCAGCGUGGACACGCGGAGUACUUGAAGAACAUGGGAGAUGCUGGGAGCCUGGUGCGACCUCUCACUCAGUUUGCCCACCUGACUGCAGACACCAUAGUGAAUGGGAGUGCCACUGCACACCUGGCCCCCACUGACCAUGCCGAUAAGCUUACUGACAGCUGCAGGGACUGUGGGGAUGUAAGCUUGCAGUUUUUGAAAGACAUGAAGACCAAAGAGUCUUUGGCACAUGCGAGCCCGGAGGCUAUCAGACUGAUCAUUGAGAAGAUCCUGCAGCUGGGCAAGGACCUGAGGCCUAGAAGCAUGGACUUCAACCAGGAGGAGCUGGGAGACAUGGUGAACAAAGAGAUGGCAGCUACUUCAGCGGCCAUUGAAGAGGCAGUCAGAAGAAUCGAGGAAAUGAUGGACCAGGCUAGAAAAGACAGUUCUGGAGUGAAGCUGGAGGUCAAUGAAAGAAUUCUGAACUCCUGCACAAACCUGAUGAAGGCUAUCCACCUGCUUGUCAUGGCCUCAACAGAACUACAGCGGGAGAUUGUGGACAGUGGACGGGGGGCAGCAACACAGAAGGAGUUCUAUGCUAAGAAUUCUCGCUGGACAGAAGGUUUGAUUUCUGCAUCCAAAGCAGUGGGCUGGGGAGCAACUCAGAUGGUAGAGUCUGCAGACAAGGUUGUUCUACACAUGGGAAAAUACGAAGAGCUGAUUGUGUGCUCACACGAGAUUGCAGCGAGUACAGCGCAGCUCGUUGCUGCUUCGAAGGUCAAGGCUGACCCCCAUAGCAAAAAACUCACUAAGCUCCAGCAGGCAUCUCGCAAUGUCAACGAUAUGGCUGCCAAUGUGGUGGCCUCAACCAAAUCUGGACAGGAACAGAUUGCAGACAAGGACACCAUGGAUUUCUCCGGCAUGUCCCUGAUUAAACUCCGGAAGGAAGAGAUGGAGUCCCAGGUGAAGGUUUUGGAGCUUGAGACCCAGCUUCAGGGUGAGAGGAGGCGUCUUGGCGAUCUGAGGAAGAAGCACUAUGAGCUGGCCGGGGUGUGUGAUUUUUCCUCUGAGGAGGGAGUCCUGGUCAAGGGAGCCCCAUCAUCUUUGACAAAUAAACCCAGCAUCCUUAAGAAACCUACAAUGGCUCAAAAACCUACCAUUCCCCCCAAGAACAAUCUGUUAAAUAUCGAUGACGGACUCUACAAAGCACAUUUGCUGAAUUAAAGAAGCUGGUUCUGUUGUGUCACUCUGCAGGAUGCUCGCUCCUCUCACUCUCGUCAGUUACCUGAGGUUAGCAGUGCUCCGGUCUCGUCGGCCCUUCAUAAAGAAACACCCAACAGCCCACUUUUUAUUUUGUUGUCAAAUUAAAAACUACUGCCUGCUUUUUGAUCAA